GCAGCGUGCUGUGGAUGAUGCGUGUCCCAGGGCACUUUAGUGUCCCUGUGGGCUCCUGUAUUUGUAGUCUUGGGAUGUGCGCGGUUGGAUGUGUGUGAGCCUGAAUGGUGGCUAUAUUUGGCAACUUUUUUCUGCUUUAGUUGGGAUGCUUUUUAUUUUUAUUCAUUUACAUUCAGUCGGUGAUAACAUCAGAUUAAACAAGACAUGCUAAAGACAAGCUGACUCAGCCUCCAAAAGACAAAUCUUUGAGCUGGUAAAUCGUUUUUCUUCACUCUGAACGUUUGUCACAUUUUUCACUUUUAAUCUCAUGGGAGGUGGUAAAUGUGUGGAACACAAGCCAUGAUUCCACCUUAUGGGGUGGGAUCAUGGCUUUUUCUUGCACAUUCUAUGAAAGCUCAGUUUGUCAUUCACCUGAAGUUGCUUCUUGGCUUUGUUUUUCAUAAUAGUAAGUAAGUAAGUAAAGUUUAUUUAUAUAGUGCCUUUCACAGAUAUAAAUCACAAAACGCUGUACAACAUGAGUACAAUCAGGGCAAAUACCUCAAACCAAUAAAAACAUCAUAAAAACAAUAACAGUGACCACGAUAGUAACCAAAAUCAGGAGUAAAAACAAAGUCAAGGUGUGAACAAGAACAAAGCCAUCUUUUAGAAUAUUUAGCGGGGGAAAGCCUGGAUGAAAAGUUGAGUUUUAAGAUGUUUUUUGAAGACCUCUACAGAUUUCAAGAGACGGAGAUUUGAAGGCAGACUGUUCCAAAGUCUGGGGGCAAUAGACUGAAAGGCCCUGUCCCCUUUUGUUUUUAGUCUGGUUCGAGGAACAGCCAGGAGGUUUUCAGAUGUGGAUCGGAGGUUCCGUGAAGUGGUGUGUGGGGAUAAAAGCUCAGAUAAGUAGCUUGGGGCCUGGUUGUUAAGAGCUCUAUAGGUCAGCACUAAAACUUUAAACUGUAUUCUAAAUUCUACCGGGAGCCAGUGGAGGGACUGUAAAACUGGAGUGAUGUGAGCUCGUCUGCUCACAAGGUGCAUUGUCCUGCUGGAGUCAAUAGUGGUUGCUUGGAGAAGAAGGGACUUUAGGUGUUCAAAUAUCCAUCUGAGUACAAUGCUGCCAAGUUUUCAACAAAAUGUCUGUUGAGGUUAAAAGCUAAAGUCCUCUAUUGAUGUUUAGACCAUCUGAUCAGUUUCUUCUUCUUCUUUGUAAUUCUAGCUCGUCUUCUAUUUUAAUUAGUAAAAAGCUCCACAUUUGAUAUUAUCCGUUUGUUGUUGUUGUUUUUUAGUGCAUCUCACAGUUCUCUGCAACAGUUCACCUCUGUCUGUGUUGUUAAUGAGGUGCAUCUGCUUAUCAUGCCUGUGUUUGAAUGCAGAGUGUCUCCAUGCAUGGCCACUGCCUGGCUGAUGAUUAUUCAUUAUCAAACUGACGUGUAGUGUAUGCCAUCAUUCACUUUAUUUUUCUGUCCUUGACUUGAGUUCUUUGAAUCUUUUUUGCUAACCCCCACCCCUUCAGCCUGAGCUUUUUAUCGAGCAUUACACAUGCAAAUUUUCACAUGGCAGUAUGUCAGAAGCAGUUCUGUAUGAAAAGCAGCCCAAAAACAAACACAAAAAAUACAGAUUUGAAUCAAUUUGUACUUUUUUUUCCACAGAUGGUCCAGUGUUAAAGGUGCAUUAUGUAGAAAUGAAGUAAAAUGACAUCCUGUGGGAAAAUUUGGUUACUGCAACCACUUACAACAUCAUUUAUGACAUUAAACAGCGAUAUCAAAAUUUUGAGAUCUCGCGACUUAAGCAAGGAAGAUGGUGGAAGUGUCAAGGGAUUUUGUGAUCUCGCAAAUUCGACAGAAAACCUGCCUGCUGCUUCUGUGCCGCUGAUGCUUCCGGUGUGCAGUAGGGGUAAUAACUUCUGUCAUAUGCUUGUCAGCCACUAGGUGGUGCCAUCAGAUGAAAUAAGCAAUCUGGACAGCAAGUUUAUUAGAGUUACAUUCUAACCCAUACUGUUAUGUGUUUCACAGCAGUGAUCAAGCUUAGUGUGUCGUCACAUUUCCAGGAGGAAAUCUGCUUUGUUUUUAUUCUCUCCUACAGAUGAUACAGUCGCUUGGCUUUGGCACAUCAUGUUUCCGUUCAAAUCCGACACGAUCUAAUGCCAUCAUUAGAGAUGAUGAUCAGAAAGCGGGUGGAAAAGAUUGGAUUUAACAUUUUAAAAUACCAAACAUGACUUUUGAAAUUCAUAUUGAGAUAGAAAUUUUCAAACAGAAUAAUAAUGGCUUCAUUUUAAUUUCAACAAGUCCAUUUACAUCAAUAUCUUGGACGUCAACACCGUAACGUCACACAAUACAGCAGGUGGGGAUUCCGACACCAUAGCAUGCUAGCAGGCUAAUGCAGAUCUAAUGUGUGGCCUCAGGACGUAUUUUAAACUAGACAGCAAAGGCUUGCAAAAGCUAUUAUACUGGGCAUUUUGUGUGUUGGAAAGGCAAAGCCAUAUGAUAGGCUACCUUUAAAACAAUCACCUUUCUCUUUUUGCUUUUCCCUUCAGGGGAUGUCACAACCAAACCCUAAUCCUAAGCUGUCACCAUUAAGUCCACUAAUACUUCCAGUUUGCUACAGCAACUUGGACAAAAACAUGGAGCCAGCCGAUGCUGAAAGACGCACUAAAAAAGUUGCAGACGAACAGCAAAAUGUCAGGUUUUGCUGUCUCCUGGACCAUCUUAGCCACGCUUAGAAAAGUUUCUGGAUUAGGGCAGAAUUUACACAAAGCAGCGACGCCACUCCAGCUACACUUGUAAACGACACAGACGUGAGGGGGGACUGAGACAGAGGGACGGGGUGAAGCCAUUCGACCGACCCUCAGGCACCUCCACCAAGAGAAACAUCCGACUCUGAUAAGUGAGAGAGGCACACCAGUCCAUUCCAGACCGAGCGAGAAGGCAGCAGAGAGGCAGAGGAUCGUUGGUCCUGAAGGAUGGCAGAGAAGCAGUUUGCUGGGAUCCUGAAUGGAGCAGUUCCCGGAGAGCCAGUGAAGAAGGAUGAAAACUCCCGGAGAGGCAACUGGGGCAACCAGAUAGAGUUUGUCCUCACAAGUGUGGGCUAUGCAGUGGGCCUGGGCAACGUCUGGAGGUUCCCCUACCUCUGCUACAGAAAUGGAGGAGGGGCCUUCAUGCUUCCAUACUUUAUCAUGUUGGUAUUCUGCGGCAUUCCUCUCUUCUUCCUUGAGCUUUCUUUUGGCCAGUUUGCCAGUCUGGGAUGUCUGGGCGUCUGGAAGAUCAGCCCUAUGUUUAAAGGAGUGGGCUACGGUAUGAUGGUGGUGUCCACCUACAUCGGGAUCUAUUACAAUGUAGUCAUUUGCAUUGCCUUCUACUACUUUUUUAUGUCCAUGACAAACCUGCUGCCUUGGACGUACUGCAACAACCCCUGGAACACGCCGGACUGCAGCGGCGUGGUCGGCAGCGGUGCCCAGCUCAACGGCAGCCUGGUAAAUGUUACCAGCAACCUGAUAGCAGGGGCGAGCGAGAUGGUGAACCGCACCAAGAGGACAAGUCCCAGUGAGGAGUACUGGAAACACUACGUGUUGAACAUCUCUGAUGAUAUUGGGAACUUCGGAGAGGUCCGUCUUCCUAUCCUGGGCUGCCUGGCUGUGUCCUGGUGUGUGGUCUUCCUCUGUCUCAUCAGGGGUGUUAAAUCAUCUGGAAAGGUGGUGUACUUCACAGCCACAUUCCCUUAUGUGGUGUUGACCAUUCUGUUUAUCCGUGGCAUCACCCUGGAUGGAGCUAUAAACGGCAUCAAGUACUACCUGACUCCACAGUGGCAGAAGGUUCUGGAUGCAAAGGUGUGGGGAGACGCUGCCUCGCAGAUCUUCUACUCCCUUGGUUGUGCCUGGGGGGGUCUCAUCACCAUGGCGUCUUACAACAAGUUCCACAACAACUGUUUCAGAGACAGCAUCAUCAUCAGUAUAACCAACUGCGCCACCAGUGUGUACGCUGGCUUUGUCAUUUUCUCCAUUCUGGGCUUCAUGGCUCACCACCUGAACGUCCCCGUGUCGGAGGUGGCCGACCACGGCCCGGGCCUGGCCUUCGUGGCUUACCCAGAAGCCCUCACUCUGCUGCCCAUCUCUCCUCUCUGGUCCUUGCUGUUCUUCUUCAUGCUCAUCCUGCUGGGACUAGGAACCCAGUUUUGUCUCCUGGAGACAUUGGUGACGGCCAUCGUGGAUGAGAUCGGUACCGACUGGAUCAUCAGGAACAAGACCAUCAUCACACUGUCGGUGGCCGUCCUUGGUUUCCUGCUGGGGGUGCCUCUAACGACACGGGCAGGAAUCUAUUGGCUGCUGCUGAUGGACAACUACGCAGCUAGCUUCUCUCUGGUCAUCAUCUCCUGCAUCAUGUGUAUCUGCAUCAUGUAUGUUUAUGGUCACAGGAACUACUUUAAAGAUGUUGAGAUGAUGCUGGGAUUCCCUCCUCCUCUCUUCUUCAAAGUCUGCUGGAGAUUCAUCUCCCCUGUCAUCAUCUCUUUCAUCCUGAUCUUCACGGUGAUCCAGUACAAGCCAAUCACCUACAACGACUACAUCUACCCCAGGUGGUCCCUGGCUAUUGGCUUCGCGAUGGCUCUGUCCUCAGUCAUCUGCAUACCCAUCUAUGCUCUGUACAAGAUCUCUAGGUCCCCAGGAGCCACUUUCAGAGAGAGGUUGAAGUUCGCAUGCCAAGCUCACCCAAAGUGGGGCCCCGCCCUGCAGGAGCACAGGACAGGCCGCUACGCCCCCAUGGCCUCAGAAGACACUGUGGAGGCCCGUCCCUUAAAGGAGAAGGAGGAGCAGAAGGAAGAGCAGAAGGAAGUGGAGAAGGAGAGGAAGGAGGAGAUCAGCCUCACCAUCCAAGGAAGCAACGGCUCCACCAACACACACAACAACCCCAACCCCAGCGCGUAGAAGCCACACCUCCCCACCAGCGCCACCGGGGCAUGGCCUCCACAUCCCAUCAUCUCCUCCUUCUCUUCUUCCCUUCUCCUAUCUUCUCCUCCAUCCUCACCCUACUUUCCCACAGUCCACUGUGGGGGAGAUCCCAUUUGCUGGAGACCUUUACAUAUUGUAAGGGCUUAUUAUAUCUAUCCUAACCUCUUCUAUCUGUCUGCGUGUUGUCUCUAGAGCAAUGAAAAAAAACUGAAAGGAAGGAGAAACUGUCCCAUUAUCCAAAAGACGAGUGUGUGUGUGCGUGCGUGUGUGUGUGUGUGUGUGAGAGAGCUGAUCAUUUGUCCCACAUAAUUUAAUAAUACAGUUUCUUUUUCUUUCAUGUUUUUUUUGGUGUAAAACUUGUAAAUGUCAUCUUCAUCAGCAGUUAGAGGUACAGUAGAUUGUGAAGCUGCAUGUUUUUCAGCAUGCAGCUGCAAAGAGACACACACACACACCCCGUUCUCCUGGAUUCAGUUGGCUGGUUCUGUUUGGGAUGGUGGGAAGUCUGCAGAGGUGGUGGCUGGACCUGUGGCGGUGCUGUAGCGUAGAGCGAGGGAGGGUAAACGGUGCCGGUACAGGUCAUUUACAGUCUGAUGAUGCUGAAAAAGGAAAGCGGGCUUCAUUCUGUAGCUGACAUAGCCGGCGGAUGGACCGAGUCACGCUUUUACACUCUGUAUAUUUCACACAGCACACAGUGACCUCAACAUUAGUUGAUCUCAGCUUAGAACUAAGCCUGUUGCUUAUUUUUAUGCUGCUUAUUCUUUAAAUAAAACGUGGAGAGCACAAAUAGAUUCCAUCAUACGGGAGUAAAGGUGAAUGGCACUUAAGGCUGAUGUCUGUGAGCAAUUUUACCUUAUUUUUUUUAUUAUUUUUGCUUAAACUGUUUAGACUUAAGGAACUUAGCAGAGAAAUACCACUGAAUUGUACUGUAAAUCUGCAUUUAUUCACACGUUUCUUAAAAAGGAACUUUGUUUUUGACAGAGGAGGUCCCAUUGGGCAUUUCUCAGGGUCCAAGGGAAGGUAAACUUUAUGGUUCCUCACAUGUGGAAACUGUUACAUGGACUCAAACCAACACGUCAAAACAAUCCACACAUGCACACGUAACCAGGUGGAUGCAACUCCACGUCUAUAGAAGUGCCCUCUUUUCUGAAGUCUUCCAGACAUUUUUUUAGGGGUUCAAAUGCAUCUUGGUCUUUGUGGUUUGUGAAGGAGAAUCGGCGUGUGGUAGUCGGUGUCUCUAACGGCCCGUAGCAGUGCGCUCCCAUCCGACAUGCUACCUAAAACACUGCCUGCGUUACGUGAGUGUUGCACAUGUUUUUUUUGGACUGUCUGUGGAACCUUUAAUGUAUUAAGAGACACUUGUUUUACAGCUCUGAGCUGAGCUGUGUUGUAGCUAACGGAGAGACAGAAAGCAGAGAGAUGCUGCUCGUUUCCAGAAGAAAAGAACAUGGUGAUGAAUUCAGUAGGUUUUAAUCUAGCUUCAUAGUCGUGUUCUGUCUUUAGACGCCUCCUUUUUACCUCUCAAUGUAAAUGAACUAGUAAAUAAAUAAUUAUAAAGACAGCUUGUUUAUUUUGUAAAAAAAAAAAAAAACUAGACUCGUGAUUAACCAUGUUUACCAUUCCUCAUCCGUGACUGGAUUUGUUGUAGUUUGUGUUAGAAGAUGAAAGGGUGAUGUCGAGGGGCCUCUGUAGUUGAUACAGCUUGGUUAGGGUUAGGGUCAUCAUGGUCAGGUGUUUAAUCACCUGACCAGGUGCUGGUUAGGCUCUUCAGCUUCACUAACGAGCCAUUUGUGGGAUGAGGUGCUCUUUUCAGGUGAAUUCUUGAACUGAGCCUUAAAGGUUGUACACUUCUGGGUGAGCUCUGAGAAUAUAACAUAUACAGCACAUUUAAGUGUGAGGUCUGAGGUAUUACCACCGUUUCUUAGCCUUCCAAAAUAUUUUUGCUUAGCAGAGAUAUAAAAACAGCUUUCUAAAAGCUCCACGCAACUAAAAAUGUACCCAGUUCGUCUCUAAGCACUUCAAAUUGUUAAUAUUUAGCUAGUCAGAUCUCUUGUAUUUAAAAAUGAAAGUGCAGAUUUCAGUCAGGCCAAUCUGGCACACAACACCCUAGAUAACCGGUUUGUAAAAUAGUUUUAAAUCAAAGGCUCUGUCCAAAUUUAGGGGCUGCUUCCUUAAAAUGAUGCAUUUGGAGACUGAUUACGUCGCAAUGAUGCAACUUGAAGUGUCCAUAUCCGAAGGCUCCUCCAAAUGUGUCCCGUUUUACCCAAAUUCAACGAUGGGUCUAUUUUAUCCUUCAUGGACACCGUAUCCCAGCAUUCAUGAUGGCGGAUGAAAGGGUAGAUGUUGCUGUUUUAAAUGUCGGUGUUUUAAAUUCUGGUGGUACACAUUUUAAAGGUGUAAACACUGAAAGUCUGUUUUCUAAAUCUUAUUUCUGAUUAUAAUGAGUCACUCUGAGUUUUUCAUGCAGGCUGAACAUGAAAAUAGUCUGCUACACAUAUCUCCUGCGUUAGCAUCUGAUGGAAAAUAGAUGACAGAGUUGCGUCCAUGGUCACACCGUCUCUUAACCUUCAUGGACUCACCCAUCUUGGCUCACAACAGGGAAGGUUGUUGUUUGUUUAGUGUCCAGGAAACAGCAGAGAACAUCUCGAGUAAUAGAAGCUAACCGUUAGCAUUCACAACUCCACCACACAGCAAAACUCCUCUUGGCUUAUGUUAUUUGUAGAGAUAAAAGAUCAAUGCUGCAGAACAAGCAGAGUCAGCAGUAGAGCAGCGUUGCUGUUAUCCAGUUCGAGGCGAGACGCCCACGUGUCAGGAAAUAAGACUCCAAAUCCCGCUGUGUGAAGCCCUCCUCUGAUACGGCUCACUUCUACUCCUACUAGAAACCACUACAAAUGUAUUAAUGAAACAAGUGUUCCACACUUACAGUUUGUUAGACUUGUUUUCGUAAUUUUUGUAGACACGUAUUAGGUCGGUGAAGUUGCUGGAUAAUGAAAGAGCUCUGAAAACCUUUCAGCUCCAUUUUUACUUGCUUCUGUUUAGUGUUGUCAGGGUUACUACGAACCAGACAGUCCAAGCUAAGGGUGGGGAUACUUUCGACUCUGUGGCUUGAUUGACCAGGAAGUAGGCCCUGAAUUUGGACGCAGCCAACUAAAGGUUUGAAACCUGCUACCAGUUAGGCUAAGCUAGGCUAAUACUAACUGUAGCAUAAGUUGUUAUGUACAAGACGUCAGAUACGUCUACACUCAAAUAGAAUUUUCUGGUGAGAAAACCUGAUUUUUUUGUGUUACAGAUGCAAGAUUCAGUGCGUGUCUCAGACCUCCCAGUGGAGAAACUGGGGUAUUAAAACGUUAUCUUAUAAUAAGACUAACAAAAUAUAUAUUUUCAUUAACAGAAAAAUAUCUGGAGUAAAGUUGACAGGGCCUUACAUUUAUCUGAUUAUAAAUAUUCUUAUAAAGAAAGAAAUGUAAGCACAGUAUUUUCAUAAUUAUUGAAUCAUUCCUUCCUAGGGUCUAUGUAAUGAAAUACUGAAGCACAGUGUAAACUAAAUUGCACAUUUUUCUCUUCUGUGUUCACAUUAUUUCUACAAUCAGCUGUUUAAACAAGUAAAAGUUGGUUUUUCAAUCAUGCAACUGCAGUUGCUCUAAAAUUCCAGCAGAUGGAGCAAUGAUGAGACUCAGAGGGUAAUGGGUGAGACUGAGCUCAGUAAACAAGACCAAGAUGGCCGAAAAUGUCGAACGUUUCAGAGAAAACAAAACAGUAUUAACAGUGACCAUGUUAUAAUAAGCACACAUUAUUGACCAGCUAAUGAUUCAAUCCAAAAUAUGAGGUACUUUAAGAUAUUUUUAAAUGAAAACAAAAGCAGGUUCACUGUGACAUAGUGUCUCCAUCAUCUAAUCUUAAUUUGUGUAAACUAUCAGGACUUCCUAGAUUAGGAUUUACUUGUUGACAGAUGUAAACAGGAAGUGAAUAUGUUGUGUAUACCGUGGGACAGCUCAUGGCUCUGACCGUUUCCUGUUUGUGAUGGCCUGCUGUGUUUGUUCAUGUUGUAAUAAGUGAAGCAUAUCCACCACGCUACCACGCCUUCACCAUCUCUUCCUCUGGCCCCUCAUCUCCCCCUCCUAUUGUACAGUAAUGUAAAAACAAUAUAUAAUCAGACUGUGUAUGUGUUUGUUUUUUCCUUUUUGGGGGGAGGUUGGCUGGGUUUAUGCUUCUGUAGGUCCGGGAAGGGCAGGUUUUGAUUGAUUUUGUCAUAUUUCUGGUAGCAUAUUGUAGACAUCGUCAGGUGUAUUGUGCAUUCUGUGUCUAGUGGAGUAGCUCUUACUGCUGAGCCUGCAUGUAGAGCAGGUGUAGUGUCAGUAUUGAUGUCCGUGUACCUCUAAUACACCGGAACUAGCCCUGCUGUAUUCCUGCUAAUAAUAUACAAACUUAGUAUAUUUUAAGAAAGGAGGAAAACAUUAUUUUGUACUAAAAGAAGAGAAAGAUUACCUUCUGAUUUGCAUAUCCGUGUUCACUGACUACCUUUUCUCUGUUUUUAAAGUUGUAUACUUAGAAGAUAAAGCCAGCUGAUAUUAAAAAGCAUUGCCAAACAAAAAGCUUUGGAUGGAGACUUGAACCACAGAAGAACGGUUAGUUUUUACCGUGCGCUCCGGCGUAGACACAAGUUGCAGCUACAUAUUUGUUGUUUUAUAUUUUAACAGUAUUACACCCCUAAGCUGGUCAGUGCCAACAGUCAUACAACCUUGGAUAUCUUGUGGGCCCCUUACUGUGAGCAGUUUAGCAGGUUCUGAUGAUGUUGCUGAAUCUAAACGCCAAAGUGAGUCUGUAACCGAGACCGAAUCAGCAAUCAGAACUCACAUUUUUUGUUUUGUUUUUAUGUCAAAAUCUUUUUAGAUUAAAAUAUUUAGGCAAAUAAUGCAGCAAGUGUUAAAUAUUAAUCUUCAUUUAUGAACCUGCCAUAUGCUCCUCCUAAUGAAACACGACUGACAUCCAUUAAUAACUGACACAAAAUGAAAAUUCCAUUACCGUCACUGUGGAGAAGUAGCUGGUGUUGAGGCAUGAAGUAGGUGAACGUUGAAAACAUUUUUAAGCACAAAUACAUAGAUCUUAAUUAAAAAGCUGUGAUUUCACAUGAUUUCUGUGGUUUUCAAUGAAUUACAGAAUGUUACCUCUUGAAUUUCUUACUACUGCUCGAAUAGAAAUAAUCUCAUGUUGCAGCACUUUACAGAAAUCACCUGUUUCUGAAUAAAUUCAAAUCUUCAUGUGAAACAACACGUGUAAAGUGAGUUCAAGGCUAUUGCUGAUAGACAUCAGUGUUGUUGCUAAGAGGAAGAAAAGAAAAGAAAGCAUGAGAGAAGAGAACAGUUCUUCUGGUACCUUCUAUCAUAUAUUUCUGUCGAUCUAUCUAAUCGUGUCUGUUCUUGUUCUUCAUUCUUUUAGGGCCAAAAUCCAUUGAACUGUCUUAGUCCUGUCGGCUGUAUAUCGUAAACUGUUGCAUUACAAAAUGGCGAAUAAAAUCUAUUUUAAAGAUCA